GUACAUGGCCCUGGUGCUGAUAUAGACACUCUAUGUGUAGGACCUAGACAUGCGACUCGUGAUGACUUCUUUGGCGAACUUCAUAGGAUGCUUGAAGAGAUGCCUGAAAUACAAGAACUUCAUCCUGUACCUGAUGCUCAUGUUCCUGUUAUGAAGUUCAAGUUUAAUGGUGUUUCUAUAGACCUUCUUUAUGCAAAUGUAGCACUCUGGGUUAUUCCUGAGGAUUUGGAUGUUUCACAGGAGUCCAUACUACAGAAUGUGGAUGAGCAGACUGUUCGUAGUCUUAAUGGAUGCAGAGUAACGGAUCAAGUUUUGCAUUUAGUACCCAAUAUCCAGAGUUUCCGCACCGCACUGAGAUGCAUGAGACUGUGGGCAAAAAGGCGUGGAGUUUACUCAAAUGUUACUGGAUUUCUUGGCGGUAUUAAUUGGGCAUUGCUUGUUGCUCGGAUUUGCCAACUUUAUCCAAAUGCAGUUCCUAGCAUGUUGGUCUCUCGGUUUUUUAGAGUCUACAGUUUGUGGCGCUGGCCAAACCCAGUUUUGCUGUGUCCAAUAAAUGAAGGAUCUCUUGGGCUUGCUUAUUGGGAUCCUCGGAGGAAUUUCAAAGAUAGGCAGCAUCUAAUGCCGAUAAUAACUCCAGCAUACCCCUGCAUGAAUUCUAGCUACAAUGUUUCAACCAGUACCUUGCGUGUCAUGACAGAAGAAUUUCAGAGAGGGAAUGAACUUUGUGAGGCAAUAGAAGCUAACAAAGCUAGCUGGGAAAGUCUUUGUGAGCCUUUCGCUUUUUUUGAAGCCUAUAGAAACUAUUUGCGGAUAGACAUAGCUACAGAAAGUGAGGAUGACAUGAGGAAAUGGAAAGGAUGGGUUGAAUCUAGGAUACGCCUGCUUACUCUAAAGAUUGAGAGAGACACUGCUGGUGUACUUCAAUGCCAUCCACAUCCGGGUGAAUUUUCAGAUAAAUCUAAGCCGUUUCACCAUUCUUAUUUUAUGGGAUUACGUAGAAAACAAGGUACAAAUCCUCAACAAGGCGAACAAUUUGAUAUAAGGUUGACAGUUGAGGAUUUUAAGCGAGAUGUCUAUGCAUAUUCUUUUUGGACAUCUAGCAUGUGGAUUCAUGUGUGUCAUGUCAGACGAAAAGACCUUCCUAAUUUUGUCUUCCCUGGAGGAGUGCGUCCUGCUCAGCCUGCAAGAAGUGAAAGUCGUUCAGUUUCAAAAUCACUUGGUUCUGCUAAGGCAACAUCUGUAGAUGCUGCUUUUAGCAGAAAGAGAAAGCACGACGAAGUUAAUACAGGUUUUACCUCAAAAGAGUCUUGCCUGGCCAUGAGUAGCAGUGAUGCCAGCUCACCAGGUGAAACUAGAGAGUUGAAGCGAUUUGAAGCUGAUAUUGGUGAUACCUUGAAUAGUGGUGGGCUUGUUGAUAACCAAAUUGAAGUUUCUGUCAAAAGCAUGUUGCCUGUGCCUUCAUCAUGUGCAGCUGUAACAGAGACAAUAGCAGUCAAGCAAUCUGCAGAACCGACUGUGGGCCAUCAAAGUGGAUCUCAUGGUUUUGAAGAUCCUGGGGAUGAACUGGAAUUGACAAAUGGAGUCAAGCAUUUUGAUGGGGCAAAUGAACUGCAGAUGGAGCCCCCAACAGCAGAGGAAAUGGUUGAGGCAACAACAUCAGAGGAAAAGGACAGAAUUGGUGGUUCUAGCCAUAAGGUCCUACAAAGCGAGGGCUUGGAAGAACUUGAGCCGAUUGAGCUAGCAGCACCGUCCUCCAGCAUUGCUUCUGAAGCAUUUGUGGUUCCUCAGAAGCCUCUCAUUAGGUUUAAUUUUACUUCUUUGCGGAAAACAACUGAGAGCACAUGAAGAAAUGUGCACUGACCACAUGCUGGAGAUUGGAAGUAUAUCGAAAACUUUUUUACUGAAAGCAUUAGAGAUGAAUGAAGAAGAAGCGGGAGAAAAAAAUGGAAUAAGGACAAAAAGCAGAGCUAAAAUCCAUUUUUGGCUGGAGGUGCGACUACAUCUUGCAAUUUCUUAGGCUGAGCCAUGAUUUCUAAAGCAAAAAAAGAGAUAAGGAAAAAAGAAAAAAGAACUGAAUCCAAUUUUGACUGAAAUUGGUAUUUCUUGUAAAUUAUCAGUUGUUUGGAGAAGUGCCUUUUUGGGUGCUGAUUGUAAAUUACAUGGAUAAUAUCUAAAUAAUGUGUACCCGAAUACUAUGUUUUGUAUAUUUAAGUUAUGGAAAAUUUUGAAAUGUGGAUUUGCUUCUACGA